CGCGAGCGGGCGGCGCGCGUUCCCCGUGAAGGGCAGGUUACCAGAAUCUGAAUGGCUCUCUGGAAUAGGCGGUUUGGUUUAUCCUUAACCAAUGUAAGCAGGACAGUGAUCCAGCGACACUUCAGUGUCACUGGAGCAUGCCAAGCAAUACAGAAACUCACCCGCGUGCGAGUGGUGGACAACAGCGCCUUGGGGAACACACCGUACCACCGCCCACCAAAAUGUAUCCAUGUGUAUAACAAGAAUGGAGUUGGCAAAGUAGGAGAUACGAUCCUUUUGGCUAUCAAAGGAGAAAAGAAGAAGGCUUUAAUUGUAGGGCACAAGAUGCCUGGCCCCGCCAUGACACCUAGAUUUGAUUCCAACAACGUGGUACUCAUAGAAGACAACGGGAAUCCAAUAGGGACUAGAAUAAAAACACCAAUACCUUAUAUCUUGCGACGGAGAGAAGGGAAGUUCUCCAAAGUACUGGCCAUUGCCCGUAACUUUGUGUGAAAGCUAAGCAAGGUCUCUGACAAUCCUGUUUAUAUCCUUUCAUACAGUAGCUGUUCCUUGGUCCUAGAAGAUGGUGUAAAAGUUGAGGCUCAUAAGAACUCUUUUCCUAUUUCAGAAUUAAAAGCAAUUAGUUUUAAGUGUUGAAAUACCUUUUUUUUUUUUUUUUCCUCCAAAAGAAUGUUGAUUCAUUUCACAGAACAUCUGCAGUGUGGUUGGGCAAUGGUCCUUCACCCUUACUGCUCCAGUGGUCUCA